UAGUUGCAAACAGGAUCACGAGAAAAAAAGUAAGGUUGAUGCGAAGUAAUACUCGAUAAGAGCAGCAAUACCUUUGUCAUUUCUGUGUCCGUGCUGUUGAAAGAAACAUUUAGUCUGUGUGCUCUUGCUAAUUGUUGAAACAAAAAGAAAGCCAGCAUAAACCAGCAGCAGCAACUCCAGUGGGACCGUGUGCGAAUUGAAAUUUUGUACAGUGUUGUAGAGCACACAUAAAUUGAAGGAAGCACAACAAGAACAAAACAGCAGACAGGCAACAUGGCUCAGGAAGUACAGGAUAUGCCAACAUUCAAGUGCGUGCUGGUCGGCGACGGUGGCACCGGCAAAACAACUUUCGUCAAACGUCACAUGACCGGCGAAUUUGAAAAGAAAUAUGUUGCCACACUGGGCGUUGAGGUGCAUCCAUUGAUCUUUCACACCAAUCGAGGCGCCAUCCGUUUCAAUGUGUGGGACACAGCCGGACAGGAGAAAUUUGGCGGUUUGCGCGAUGGCUAUUAUAUACAGGGACAAUGUGCUGUCAUUAUGUUUGAUGUAACAUCGCGUGUCACCUACAAGAAUGUGCCCAACUGGCAUAGGGAUUUGGUGCGCGUCUGCGAGAAUAUACCCAUUGUCCUUUGCGGCAAUAAAGUUGAUAUCAAGGAUCGUAAGGUCAAGGCCAAAAGUAUUGUGUUUCACCGAAAGAAAAACUUGCAGUACUACGACAUCUCGGCAAAAUCGAAUUACAACUUUGAGAAACCAUUCCUUUGGCUGGCCCGCAAACUGGUCGGCGAUCCAAAUCUGGAGUUCGUGGCAAUGCCGGCACUGCUGCCACCGGAGGUCAAAAUGGAUAAAGACUGGCAGCUGCAAAUUGAGCGCGACUUGCAGGAGGCGCAGGCGACCGCCUUGCCCGACGAGGAUGAGGAUCUAUAAGCUAUAGCUCUAUACUGAAUAUAAACAAUAAAUGAAUGAAGAAAAGCAAACAAAAUAGCAGACAACAGGGUUAACAAUAGCAACAGCAACAGCUACAGCAGCAGCAACAACAGCAAGCUAAGCGAUAAAACAACAACAUCCAGAACUGCAGCGCCGGGAUAACCAUAAGCAGCACUCAUACACCCAUACAUUCACACACCCACACAGUCACACAGUCACAAGCCCUUCCCCCUACACACACAUACACUCACACGCGCACACACAGAGAGACAGAGCGAGCGAGCGAGCGAGUGAGCGAGCGAGUGAGCGAGCGAGAGAGAGAGAGAGAGAGCUUAACUCUGGCCCCAAAUUAUUAUCAUAUUGUGUAAUUACGAUUUUUCGUUUAAUAUAUAUAUAUAUAUAUUUUUUUUUUUUUUUUUUUUUUUUUGUUUUUCAACUCUGCUGUCUGGUGUGGCAUGACAAAAUUUUGGUGGCACGCAGCAGAAUUAUGUUUUAACAGAAACAAAAGCCUAUAUAAACAUAAACGAAGAAAAGAAAAAAACAAAAAAAAAAAAAGUUGGGAAACAUUUGAAGCAGCAGCAACUAUAUUAACAUGCAGAAUUAAUUAAGAGAUUUAAGAAGAGUUGGUCAACGGCAGCCCAAGACACACAACUGCUGAACAGAUAUGGCUUUGAGUAAUUGUGAAAUAUUGAGAAACUCGUAAGGCUACAUUGAAACCACAACAACAACAACAACAGCAGCAACAACAAAUAAAAACAAACAAUUAUUGCGAUUAAAUGGAUAAAUAAAUAGCUAAGACAAAUAAAAACGAAACCAGAAAGAACUAAAACGGUAUACCAAGAAA